GGGGAAAAAAAAAAAUAGUUGAAAAAUAAUGUAUAAUAAAUGUAAGAAGAUGGAUUGAAUUUCUUUUCCACUUUUGGAUCCGUGUAAAAAGUUUGCAUGUUGUUAACAUGGACUACGGAGCUAGCUCUCUGAAAUCAAACUUGACGGUUGGUGAGACGCUGUGUGCGGUGUUCAUUCCGUUGAUAGGAGUUGUAGAAGCUUUAAUUUUCAGCUUAGCUGGUUGCUUCAAUUAUCGUCGUCCUAAGAAGAACAUCUCCAAUGCGUUCGAAGAUAUUGUCCGUCUCGCUAACGACUCUCCAUUUAAUGUUAAUCAAAUCGAGGCGUUGCGUGAAUUGUUCAAGAAGCUGAGUUGUUCAAUAAUUGAUGAUGACCUAAUACACAAGGAUGAGCUCAAAUUGGCACUAUUGAAAACACCAGCUGGCGAAAAUCUUUUCCUUGAUCGGGUAUUUGAUCUCUUUGAUGAAAAAAGAAAUGGUGUUAUAGAAUUUGAGGAGUUUGUGCGUGCUUUAAGUGUCUUUCAUCCUUGUGCUCCUCUGGAAACGAAAAUUGAUUAUGCUUUUAGAUUGUAUGACUUGGGACAGACUGGAUAUAUUGAGCGGGAAGAGGUUAGCCAAAUGGUGGUUGCGAUUAUGUCAGAAUCCGGCAUGCAUCUGGAAGAUGAAGUUCUCAAAACCAUUAUUGAUAAGACAUUUCAUGAUGCUGAUGUUGACAAGGACGGCAAGAUAAGUAAAGAAGAAUGGAGGGCAUUCGUUCUUCGUCAACCAGGAAUUUUGAAGCACAUGACUCUUCCUCAUCUGGAAGAGAUAACCACAUUAUUUACCAGCUUCAUUUUCAACACUGGAGUUGAUGAUUCGAUUUGGCAACAUCCUGGCAACCAUAAAUAUUAAGUGGAAGAUGAAUCUGUUACGCCAAGGGCUGCUAAUAGUGUAAGAGGUAGAUUCUUAUAAUUCUGUUCUCCCAACGAUCAUUCCAACAAGAGAAAAUUUAUCGGAAGUGGCCGACUAAAUCCCCUUCAUAAGUAAUUUCCACAAGAAGUUUCAUUAACAACAGACGCCAAGUUAACACAAAGCAUUUGUUGCUGUGUCAACCCAGAGUUUGAUGGUAAACACUAUGACUGUCCUCUGAAACAGCAUCUAAGCAUCUUGUUUCAGAUCUUAUUCUUUUUCCUCCAUCAUGCAGUAGUUUUUUACAGUCUGCAAAGGUAUUACUGCCGAAGGUACCUAAUUGAGACUCAAGGCAACGCAUGAAUAUGCAUGUGGUGGUUCCAAAUUCUAAGCACAAUCAGUUGUUUGUCCGUGUGCAAUUUAUUUUUUCUUAGCCAAUUGUUGUCACGUCAUAAAUUAUAAAUUUGUCAGCUAUGUUUUGUUCCUCGAGUCUCCUGCAACUUCAAGACGUUGAUUGAAACAGAAUUUUUUUUUGUAAGCCUAGAUUGAAUCAUUGAACAUGCAAUUUCUC